AUGGCGGCGAAUACGCACCGACAUCGGGUUUGUCUUGAUUCUCUCGAUGAGGUCCGGCUAAAUAGAAACUACUCGCCGUGCAAGAGCAACUAUCGGUCAAGGUGGAUGCAGACUUUUGAUCAAUUGCCCAGCGCCAGUCGAGCCGAGCUUGGGGAUGCAUGCGGUACCGACGCCUCAACAGAGAAGCAAGCACAAUUGAGUGGCCAAGAGCUGAGCUACGGAGAAACAGAUGCCCAUGACGUUGGGCCAGAGGCUUUUCAACCAGCUCGAGUCUGCGAGUACGGGAGGCCAGUUGAAGGUUGGAUGCUCAAGACUUGUGACCCACAGCCGGACCGAAAGGAAGACUGUGGCAUCAGUGUUGGUUCCAACAUUGGCAGACUGACUAGACGGUCUGAACUGCUAUCGCACAAGCGACUGCCCAUUUGGACGGCAGAUGAGCAGGCCGUAAAGGAGAGGACGGUGCCGGCAAAUAAACAGCGAAUUCGAAAAAGCGAGGUGUGUGAACACUGUGCUGUCUCAAAUCCUAUAAACUCUCCGAGCUGCAGGGAUUCUGAUUUAAAGGAGGCAACGUGA